AUGUCGGAAUACAACGGUCCUAUAGGCUUACCAACGACAGGUCAAUCUCCGAUUGACUUGGACGAUAGACUAACACGGACACGUAGAUAUCCUCCUCUUGUUUUAAACGGCCAUUGGUUGCAGGACGGGGAAGCGCACCUUAUAAAUACUGGACACAUAGCGAAAGUAAUUUUAACUGGAGAUCGAAUUCCAUCUACGGUUUCCGGUGGACCAUUGGCAAGCGACGUGUACGAAUUCUACGAAGUUCAUUUUCACUGGGGGGAGGAUAAUUGCAUGGGCGCUGAGCAUACAAUCAAUGGCACUUGGUAUUCGAUGGAGUGUCAUGCGGUACAUUGGAAUCGGAAGUACAUAUCGUUCGAAGAAUGUCAGAGACAUAAAGAUGGCUUGUGCAUCCUGGCGCAUUUGUUUUUAGUGCAGCCUACUUGUUGUGCUUGUGUUAAUCCACAAAUGGAAAGGAUAACGGAGAAUUUGAAGUAUGUUGUCGAGGCUGAUUCAGAAGUUAAAAUACCACCCAAUUCGUUAUCCUUUAUGCGCAGUGCAACCUAUUGUAGCAGAUAUUACACGUAUCCAGGUUCGUACAAUAUCGGUGAUUUCAGCGAGUGUGUUACGUGGAUCGUGUUUCCUGUAGUCAUUCCAAUAAAAUCCAGCCAAUUGGACGAAUUUCGGAAAUUACGGAACAAGGAUGGACAGUGUAUAAAGUCGAAUCGGCGGGAUAUACAACCCUUAAAAUGCAGAAAGAUAUAUUUAGCUGUGUCUUAA